AUGGGAGAAUCAGCCUCGGCGGCGGCAGCGGCCAUCGAUCCCGCACUAUCCUCUGAAGACAACAUCAAUACUGACCAAGAUGAUGCAAAGCAGCUUACGCCCAUCUCGCAGGCAGUCCAGCAGCAAGGCGCACCGCCGGCCAUGCAGACGCUUCAGCCAAACCACCCCGAUCAGUACCGCGCUUUGCCUCCACCACAGCAAAUGUACGGGCCACCAUAUCAGCAGCCGCAGAUGGCCUAUCCUCCCACUCAACCCGCGCCACGUCAACGUACCGCAAUCGCCUGCCGCUAUUGCCGACGACGCAAGAUUCGCUGCUCUGGGUUCGACCAGUCCGAGGAUGGCCGCUGCACCAACUGCCAGCGCUUCUCACAGGAAUGUGUCUUCACGCCAGUGAGCGCACAAACCCAAGCGUUUGUUCCUGCACAUACAGUCUGGCGUGGUCAAAAUCCUCCGCCAAACACACAGCUCUAUGGCGCCUACGGUCAGCCAUUGCCUCAACACGGUAACCGCGAUCAGUACCAACAGCAACAGCAACAGCCGCAGCAACAGCAGCAGCCUGGCCAGUAUCCACCUCCGCCCCAGGGCUACCAACAACAGCAGCCCAUGUAUUCGCAACAGGGCGGUCCGCAGGGCCAGAAUGCAGAAGCUGGUCGCAAGCGUCCAAACGACGAGCCGCACACGCCAACUAUCGCUCCGCCGAACCCGGGAGAGCAGUCGCAGAUGCCACAGCAUCGUGGUGCUGACGGGCAGCCGUAUGGUUAUCCUGACCCAUCCGGUCUUACUCCAGCUGAGAAAGAUAUCGAUGGACACGCGGGCGGUGACCGCAAAGAGGAUGGAUAUCGUCAGAUGGUCGAUGUGGGCGUCCAGGUGGAUUUGAUCGGCAAGGAUUAA